AUGCCUGAUCCAUUUUCAGUCGGUGGAGCAGUCGGCUUAGUCGCUGGCCUCCUUGGCUUCAUUGUCAGUACUAUCGAGAGGACAAUGACGGCUUGCGAUACCGCCAUAUGGUGCUUGACUGCAUUACAAUGUCAUUACAGCCGUUUACGAGUUUUGGAGAGCCGUCUGGCAUGUUGGAAAGAGACGUAUGAACCCACCCCCGAAGUCUCUAAUGGCUCUCUGGAAUCUCUGUUCGGCGAAACGACUUCGCAAGAGAUUAGAAUCAUCCAAAGAUGCGUUGUGGUAGAGAUUGAACAAGUGAAAAAACUGCUAUAUGGCGCGAAGAUCCUGAGAAACAAAGCAGAUGAGGCGACAUGGCAGGCCCUUCUGAAACACCAAGAGCAGAAAUGGCCCGUAAAGACCUCUACCACACCUAUGGUCCACAACCAGGCUACGACAAGGCUGUUCCAUCGGGUGGCGGUAGCGCUGUGGCGGGAGAAGCUGCUCGAUGUCAACAUGGACCGGUUGAGUCAUUUCGUAAACUCUAUGGAACAUCAAUCCAGGGUUUCUUAUCAUCGGACCCGCGGAAGCUCUGAAUACGAAAUCACACCCUCUCGGAAAGACGUCCUUCGAGCACUGCGAGUACAAGCAAGGACAAUUCGACUACGUGGCGCCUUGCAAGUAGCAUACGAUGAAUUAGGCGCAAGCCAGACGUGGGCCUUGCUAAUGCCAGAUAUGGUUAAGCCAGAUGAACUGAAGUUUGACGCGGUCGAGAAGCUACGAAUUAGCUUCUUCUCUGUCCCCGCCUUUCAGAGCGAUGAAGCUGGAUAUCGGAUAGAUGUGCUCUUCCACUUGGAACUGGAUGAUCACGUCGCCUUGGCUGAACGCAUGUCAGCACAGCUCCGUCAGCGCCGUAUUUGCGCUUCGAAUGGAGCAUUGGGCGAAUCAUUGAAGUCAAUCUUCUGGUGCAUACUGAGCAGGCCGAAAAAGGAGCAUGCAGACUACCGAGAUCAGACUUCACUUGAAUGCGCUAGAGCGGCGCUGUGUAUCGCGAGUUGGACCACACUUGUCUGGGGUUCUCGUUGGAUCGAUGGCCUCUGUACCUGUUCCAUUCGAUUCGUCAGUUUUACGACCGGGGUCCGAGUCCUGGCUUAUCAACCCAGCCCCGGGCAUAUGGGCUGCACUUGUUCCAAGACCACAGACGGCGGACUACACCAUCAAUUGGGCAUCGUACUCGCUGAGCUGGCACUUGCUCAACCUGUUUAUGCGCACACAGUCGCCAGCGUUAAUGAAUACAAGUUGUGGGAUGGUGAAGCCGAGGUCAGGAGCAUAGAUAGCGAAGAUCUGCUACGAGAGAUCCAGAAAUCGACUACGACGAGCUAUCGUGAUGCUGUAUCAUACUGCCUACAACGAAACGGCAUAUCGGAACAAGGAUUGUCCCAUUCAAACCAUCUCGCAGUGCAAUACACGACCAAUGUGGUCCAGCCGCUGUGGCAACAUCUGAGGUGGGCUCAGGAGCAGUGA